GUCAGCAGUCUUCUGUACUGUCCGCAGUCUCUGGUCAUCCCUGUGCUGUCCGCAGUCUCUGGUCAUCCCUGUGCUGUCCGCAGUCUCUGGUCAUCCCUGUGCUGUCCGCAGUCUCUGGUCAUCCCUGUGCUGUCCGCAGUCUCUGGUCAUCCCUGUGCUGUCCGCAGUCUCUGGUCAUCCCUGUGCUGUCCGCAGUCUCUGGUCAUCCCUGUGCUGUCCGCAGUCUCUAGUCAUCUCCUGUACUGUGUCUGCAGUCAGCAGUCAUCUCCUGUACUGUCCGCAGUCUCUUCUCAUCCCUGUACUGUCUGCAGUCUCUGGUCAUUUCCUGUACUGUGUCCGCAG